AUGAUAAAGAAAGGCAGAUUAAUGAACUUGGAGAAAAAGUCAGAAAUUACGUCUUUGGAAGAAAGAAAUACAUCGUUAAAUGACAGCCCACCAAGCAACCAACAGAGAACAUAUAGAAACCCAGAAUCAUGUCAGCCACCAAGCAACCAACAGAGAACAUAUAGAAACCCAGAAUCAUGUCAGCCACCAAGCAACCAACAGAGAACAUAUAGAAACCCAGAAUCAUGUCAGCCACCAAGCAACCAACAGAGAACAUAUAGAAACCCAGAAUCAUGUCAGCCACCAAGCAACCAACAGAGAACAUAUAGAAACCCAGAAUCAUGUCAGCCACCAAACAACCAACAGAGAACAUAUAGAAACCCAGAAUCAUGUCAGCCACCAAGCAACCAACAGAGAACAUAUAGAAACCCAGAAUCAUGUCAGCCACCAAGCAACCAAAAGAAAAUUAUAGAAACCCAGAAUCAUGUUGGCCGCCAAGCAACCGAAAGAAAAUUAUAG